CAUAUAACCCUCUCUGUUCCCACCUUCAGAGACUCCUCGAACGCCCAGAAACAUAACCACGCCAAUACUUGAAGUCAACACCAAGCAACUGUAUCUUCACCGAACGAGCGCCCACCAUGCAGUCCUCAAAAGAUAAAACCGCCUCGCGCAUGCCGCAGAGCACGGAGAACCAGGCCGGCUCGAAGAAGGAGGACCCCACUGCCAAAUGGAGUCCUGAGGAGAUGUUCGAGACCACCAUGGACCGCGACGGUAACCCUGUGCCCGACCCUAUCUCCUACGUCGACGGUGCCCGGAUGGGCAAGUCAGCCAAAGGCGGCCAAAGUGAAGGCCAGGACGAAGGAGACAUGUUUGCCGCGGCCAAUGACGAUUUCGAUUAAACUGCUUGGUCAGUUCGAAUCACGACUGUCUGGUCGAUGAUGGUCAGUCACCGACGCAGUCGACUAGCGAUUGUGUCAGCCUUAUGUUAUUGAGAUAUGUGUAAAUGAACGGAAACUUGUGUACCACUUGCGAUAGUCAGGAAUGAAGCAUUGAAACAUUGAAA